AUGACAACAUCCGAUGAUGAAGAUCCUCAUAUUCAAAUUACUAAAUUACGUUCAGCUAAUAAACAAGCAGCUGAAUAUGGUUUGGCAUUACUUAGUGAAAAAAGUCAAUUAGAAUUACAAUAUGAAGAACUACAAAAUCAACAUGAAAUACUUAAAUAUGAAUUACAACAAUUAAAAAGUCAACUAAAAAUAAUACAAGCUAAUAAACGUGAAGAAACAUUAAAAGUUGAAACAAAUGAAGAAACAUUAUUAAAUGAAAAACAAACACGUGAAGACUAUUUAAUGAAAGAAAUACAACGUAAUGAAUAUGAAUUACGUUUCUUAAAACAAGAUAAUGAACGUUUACAUAAUGAAAAUGAAAAAAUUCUUUUAAAAUCUCAAGAACUUACUGAACGUAUACACGAAUUAGAUGAAUUACAAGUUAAAUUAAAACAUGAUUUAAAACAAAAUAAACGACAAGAACAAAGACUUAUGGAUGCUAAUACAGAAUUAGAAGAAGAUAAUGUCACAUUACAACAACAGGUACAAAGAUUAAGAGAAAAUCUUAUUGAUUACGAUGGAUUAAAAGUUGAAAAUAAACAAUUACAAGAAAAUAUAGAUGAUUUAUAUCGAAUGAUGAAAGAACUUGAAUCAUUAAAAGCUAUAGCUGAAUCACAAUUAAUUGAAUUACAUAAUAAUCUUCGUGAUGAACGAGAACAAAAACAUAUUUAUAAACAACAAUUAGAUCAUCGAAUACAACAAGAAUCACUUCGUAAUUUAGAUUCAAUCCGUAUGACAUUAAAUGCUGCACAUACAAAUCCAUCGGAUGAUUAUCUACUUACUUGUGAAGAUGAUGAUAUUGAAAAUGAUGAUAUAAGUGAUGUUCCAUCAUCAAAUGAUAUUUUAGAAAAUGAUCAACAACCAGUGGGUAAUUUAUUCAGUGAAAUUCAUGGUAAUGAAAUUCGUAAAUUAGAACUUGAAUGUUUACAAUUAUCACAAAUAAAAUCUUCACUUGAUAAUCAAUUAUUAACAAUAAAUGAAAAAACUAAAAUUCUUUCACAUAAAAUUCAACAUAUGAUUGAAAUUAUUAUUCCAAAUAAAAUUUCAUUAAAUCAAAUAAAUUCCGAUGAUACAAAUAAUCUUUUAAUAACAUCACUUGAUUCAAUUGAACAAAUUGAUAAUAUUAUUAAUAAAAAUCUUCAUUUAUUUAAUGGUGAUCAAGAAUUAUUUAAGAAAAAAUCUGAUGAACAAGAACACACAAUAUUUAAAUUAAAACAAGAUCUUAAUAUUAUGAUGAAACAAUGUAAUGAUACACAAACAAUGCUCAUUAAAACUCAUGAUAAUUUAAUAAAUUUAAGUGAAGAAUUAGAAAAUAUUCAUUCGUAUAUUUUUACAACUACUGGUUUACCGAUUCCAUCAAAUGAUAUUCAAAUAAAAAAACAACAAUUAACUAAUUCAAAUAAUAAAAUUAUUGAUACAGCUAUGAAUGAACAUAUUUUAGAUAUUGUUCAAGAACAAAUUAAACAAUUAAAACAAUCAUUUAAUAAAGUUUUAGAUCAUAUUAAACAUAAAGAACAAUCAUCAACGAAUAUAAUUGUAACAAAUAAUGAUCUACCAAAUGAAACUAAAGAAUUACAAGAUCAAAUUAUCAAACUUCGUUCAUUAUUAACAACAAAACGUGAACAAAUUGGUACAUUACGUACAGUUCUCAAAGCUAAUAAACAAACAGCUGAAAUAGCAUUAGCUAAUUUAAAAUCAAAAUAUGAAAAUGAAAAAUUAAUUGUUACUGAAACAAUGUCAAAAUUACGUAAUGAAUUACAAUCAUUAAAAGAAGAUGCAGCUACAUUUGCAUCAUUACGUGCUAUGUUUGCUGCACGUUGUGAUGAAUAUGCUACACAAUUAAAUGAAUUACAAAGACAAGUUCAUUCAUGUGACGAAGAAAAGAAAACUCUUAAUUCAUUACUUCGUAUGGCUAUUGAACAAAAACUUGCAUUAACACAAAAACUCGAAGAUUUAGAAGUCGAUAAUGAACGAUCAAAUAAUACAUCAAUUGUUUCAAGACGAACAAUAAAUUCAAAUACAACAAAUUCAUUAUCUACUACUUCGGAUAUACCACUUGGAUUAUUAACUCUAGCUUCAAAUAAUCAUAUAAGUGGUAAUCGAAAUAUUACUAAUAAUAAUUCAAUGUCGGAAGUACGACGAGGUAGAUUUAUACCACCACGAGCUCGUCAACAAAGAUCAUUUCCAUCAGGCAACCCUCAAUGA